CCUCCCGCCGAGCUUCCGGUGGCUCAGGGGGAGGCAAGAUGGCGGUGGCGGCGGCUGAGGUGCAGCAUCUUCAGAGCCGGCUCGACGCCUUGGAGGAGCGCGUCUUCGGGGCGGCCGGAGGGGCCGAAGGCGCCGGGAGCUCCCGCCAGAUAGCAGAUGGCUUAGUCAAAGUCCAGGUGGCUCUGGGGAACAUAGCAAGCAAAAGAGAGAGGGUUAAAAUUCUUUUCAAAAAAAUGGAAGAUAUUAUAAAAUAUUUGGAUCCUCACUACAUUGAUCGAAUGGCUAUUCCAGAUGCCAUGAAGCUGCAGUUCAUCCUGGCAGAAGAGCAGUCGAUCAUGGCUCAGGCGGCGCUUCUGGAGCAGGUGAAUAGCCUGCAACCGUAUCUGGACAGCGCACAUAUCAAAGCGGCACCAGAUCAUGCGGCGAAGCUGCAGAGGCUUUCACAGAUCCACAUCCAGCAGCAGGAUCAAGGUGAAGCCGUGACAGAGAACGUUCGACAGCUCCUGGAAGAUUACAACAAAAUGACUCUGCUCCUCUCGAAACAGUUCGUCCAAUGGGAUGAAAUGUUAACCCAGCUGGAAGCAGCAAAGCAAGUGAAGCCGGUACCUGAGUGAGAACAGGCCCAAAGAUGGUGGCUGUUGUGCCUCUUUGUCUUCUCUCUCCCUUCAAGAAAGCAGGGCCCCCACCUGCUUCUGCUCUGAAGAAAGCCAGCCCCAGGCUGCCUGCAUUGCCCAACAGCCCUGGCUGCCCGCUCCCUUGCCCCUUGGCUUAAAAGUUCCUCUUUAAUUUAUUCUUAUUCACCUUCUUUGUUGGGAGCGCACCAGUUGUCAGGCAAAUUACAGUGGACCACAAUAAAAUCCUUGUGACGCUCAAUACAGAAGGCUUUUCCUUA